AUGCCGGGAGCCGGAGCUCGCGCCGAGGAGGGCGGCGGCGGCGGCGGGGCGUCCGGGGCGGCGGGGCGGGAGCCCGCGCGGCUGUGCGGGUACCUGCAGAAGCUGUCGGGCAAGGGCCCGCUGCGCGGCUACCGCAGCCGCUGGUUCGUGUUCGACGCCCGCCGCUGCUGCCUCUACUACUUCAAGAGCCCGCAGGACGCGCUGCCGCUCGGCCGCCUGGACAUCGCCGACGCCUGCUUCAGCUACGCGGGCCCCGACGACGCGGCCGAGCCCGGCGCCCCGCCGCCCGCGCUCUUCCAGGUGCACAGCGCGGGCGCCGUCACGGAGCUCAAGGCCCCCAAUCACCAGCUCAUGACUUACUGGCUGCAAGAGCUGCAGCAGAAGAGAUGGGAAUACUGCAACAGCCUGGACGUGGUGAACUGGGACAGCCGGACGUCGCCGACGCCUGGGGACUUGCCUAAGGGGCUUGUCGCCAGAGACACCACCGAUCUGGUUUACCCACAUCCAGACGCUUCUGCAGAAAAAGCCAGAAAUGUCCUUGCUGUGGAAACGGUCCCUGGAGAGCUGGUGGGUGACCAGGCCGCCAGCCAGCCGGCCCCCGGCCACCCCCACGCCCUUAACUUCUACUCCCUGAAGCAGUGGGGGAAUGAGCUCAAGAAUUCAAUGUCCUCCUUCCGUCCCGGGAGGGGGCAGAGCGACAGCCGGAGGACCGUGUUCUACACCCACGAGGAGUGGGAGCUGGUAGAGCCCCCCCCGAAGGACCUGGAAGAGCCCGGGGUGCCCGAAGAAAAGAAGAGGCCCAUGCCUGAGGGGAGCAGAGGCGUCGCGGGCUCCGGCUUCCCCUACAAAGGAAAGCGACCUCUGAAAGACAUCCUCGGGUCGUACCGGAACCGUCACAGCACGGGCGACCCUCCGGGCGAGGGCACCUGCGGGGCUGUCCCCAAGCCUGCCGCCGAGAUGCAGCUGCAGCUGCAGAGCCAGCAGGAGGAGCUGGAGCGGCUCAGGAAAGACCUGUCCAGUCAGAAGGAGCUGAUCCGGCUGCUCCAGCAGACCGUGCGCUCCUCGCAGUACGACAAGUACUUCAGCGGCGACGGCGGCGGCGGCCUCGGGGAGGGGGGCGGGGGGCGCGCGGGCGCUGCUGCACCAGAAGACGAGCAGCUCCUGGGCCUGAGCGGGCAGCUGGAGCGGGCGGCGCUGGAGAAGGAGGGCCUGCAGCGGGAGGUGGGGGCGCUCACGCGCCGGGUGGGCGAGCUCAACGAGCGGCUGGGCAUGCUGGAGGAGACCAUCCGGGCCAAGGACGAGGUCAUCAUGAAGCUCAGCGCGGGCGCCGCGCCCCCCGCCCCCGGGCCCAGCCCCCCCUCCACCCCCCCGGCCGGCGGGGACCAGCCGGAGCUGGACAGGCUGCGGGUGACCUACGUCUUCUAA